UUGUAGUCAGUUUGACCUCGGACGCCGGUGGAGGACCCGUUUGCCGUUGUUAGCUAAAAAAGUUGUGUAACUACGAAAAGUUGUGUAAUAAGAGAAAACAAAAGGACGCCGCUCGAGACGGGUCUGUUUCGUUUACGUGUUAAAGAAGGUUUCUACGGUUGGGCCCAUCCUCUAGCUGUUCUUUAGGGGGGAUAAUUUGUCCGACAAAUCAUGUUUUCCCUAUCCACUUCGUUUCAGCCACAGCAGAUGGUAGUGCCUUUAAGUCAGCUCAUCAGCGCCUUCCACUCCCUGAAGAACUCGGCCACAGCUUCUGUCAAAACCCUCCACACGGACUUCUCUCCAGAGCUUUCUUCUCACCUGAAAGAGCCGAAUGUGAGUCUGAGGGAUCUGGGCCUGUCUGAGAUCAGGACCAGUCAUCUGGAUGAGCUGCUCAGAAGGUUACUACCUCCACCGGGACCAGAGACGCCUCCUGCAGCCAAGUCCACAUGGACGACCAGUCACAUUUCAACAACCAGCUUCUUCCACAACAAGCACGGUUUUUCUCAGAGGGGCUCGGUGCGUCUUGGCUCUCCGGUUUUCCACAGCAGACAGCAUUGCGGCCCCCUGCAGGAGCUCUGCCAGCAGCUGCACCUCCUUCCCGUGGCGGUCCAAAGGCGGGGUUUCAAGACUUUUAGACUUGCAAAGGGCAGGCGGGGGGAGUCAGGUUACGACGGCCCUGCUGAGUCGGAUGCGUACACGCCAGCUUUCAUGAAGGGGCUCCUGAAAGACAAAGGAGCCGAAGCCCACUCGCUUGAUCAAGUGGUCAAACAAAGAAACCUCCCAGAAAACCAACAGGAGGCCUUUAAGACCGGCUUCUCCGAGGGAUUCAUGAGGUCCCAGGCCAUAACCCAAAGAGCACAAGACACACUGAGGAGAACCAGGCUGAUCCUGCUGGUCCUCCUGCUUAUCGGCAUUUAUGGCCUGUCCAGAACCCCCUUUUUCUCUGGUAAAGGCUCCUUUUCUGAUGCUGUGAGGUUUCGGACCACGUCGGGUCUGGACUCGGCGGUGGACCCCAUCCAGAUGAAGAACGUGACCUUUGAGCACGUUAAAGGCGUGGAGGAGGCCAAGAACGAGCUGCAGGAUGUGGUGGAGUUCCUCAUGAAUCCUCAGAAGUUCACCGUUCUGGGUGGAAAGCUGCCAAAGGGGAUCCUCCUGGUUGGGCCUCCUGGAACCGGAAAAACUCUUUUGGCGCGCGCUGUGGCCGGGGAGGCCGACGUGCCUUUCUACUACGCCUCCGGGUCGGAGUUUGACGAGAUGUUCGUGGGCGUCGGUGCGAGCCGCAUCAGAAAUCUUUUCAAGGAAGCAAAAGCCAACGCUCCCUGCGUCAUCUUCAUCGACGAGCUGGACAGCGUCGGCGGGAAAAGGAUCGAGUCUCCCAUGCACCCGUACUCCAGACAAACCAUCAACCAGCUGCUGGCAGAGAUGGACGGAUUCAAACCUAACGAAGGAGUCAUCGUCAUCGGCGCUACAAACUUUGCUGAGGCUCUGGACAGUGCGCUGGUGCGGCCCGGGAGGUUCGACAUGCAGGUGACCGUCCCCCGUCCCGAUGUGAAAGGACGCACAGAGAUUCUUAAAUGGUACCUCUGCAAGAUCAAAGUGGACCCAGACAUCGACCCGGAGAUUAUUGCCCGGGGCACCGUGGGCUUCACGGGGGCGGAGCUAGAGAACCUGGUCAACCAAGGAGCCCUGAAGGCGGCCGUGGACGGGAAGGAGAUGGUCACCAUGAAGGAUCUGGAGUUUGCUAAAGACAAGAUCCUGAUGGGUCCCGAGAGGAAAAGUGUGCAAAUCGACAAGAAGAACAAGACCAUCACAGCGUACCACGAGUCCGGCCAUGCCAUCGUUGCUUAUUACACCAAAGAGGCAAUGCCCAUCAAUAAGGCCACCAUCAUGCCCAGAGGACCGACUCUCGGCCACGUGUCCAUGCUCCCGGAGAACGACCGCUGGAGCGAGACCCGAGGGCAGCUGCUGGCCCAGAUGGACGUCAGCAUGGGCGGCCGCGUAGCAGAGGAGCUCAUCUUUGGAAACGAGAACAUCACCACAGGAGCCUCCAGCGACUUUGAUGGCGCAACCAAAAUAGCAAAGAUGAUGGUCACCAGGUUCGGCAUGAGCGACAAGCUGGGAGUCAUGACGUACGGAGACGUCACCAAGCAAAGCCCCGAGACUCAAGCCGCCAUCGAGCAGGAAGUCCGAGCUUUACUGAAGGACUCGUACGAACGCGCCAAGAACAUCCUGAAGACCUACAGCAAGGAGCACAAGAAACUGGCAGACGCUCUGCUACGAUACGAAACUCUGGACGCCAAAGAGAUCCAAAUGGUUCUGGAGGGAAAGCCUCUGGACCACUGAUACCACGGCAGACAUGUUGGACUGUAAAUAUUCCUAAAACUGUGCCGUCUGGAGGCCUUCUGUUUGCUUUUUAUUUCUCUCCUCAAUGUGAAGCAGAAUGAAACGGUUGCUCCGCCUCCUCACAUGAGCUCUGUUUUUCAGUUUUUGGGGCACUUUGCAGUCCAAUCCUUUGGAUUAAGUUCUUCAUGAUCAUCGGUUACAGAUUUAUUGGUGACAUUUUAAUCGUCAGCAGCACGUCUCCUGACCUGCAGCUCAGUACAAACCGCCGUCUCCCUUCUCUCCAUGUAUCAUGUCUUUGCAAUCAGUUAUUGUGUUCUUAUUUAUUAAAGUGCCCAAAGGUGUGUCGUCUCUUUUCCCGAUGCAUCCCCGUGGCAGAACAGCUGUGACUCGUGAAUGAGAAGCGUGUAAAUAUGAAAAAACAAUCUCAUGGAAUCGGCUCAGGGCUUCAAGGCCUCUCAGGCUCAAAUAAAGAAAACCUGUCUAAAGGUCAA